AUGACUCCCUAUCGAGGGGGCGUCUAUUCGGUGGACGAUGAUGUCACGGAGGUGGAAGCGGACGCUGAGCAGCAGCGCGAGCACUCACAGCAAGGAUACGACGAGAGCGACGAUGAGCAGGAAGAGGUACCCGAGGAGGUACAGCCCGUGGAAGAAUCGAUACACCACAGCGACCUUCAACUAGAGGAACACCUUGAUUGCGAUUCUGACGGCGAUAUCAGCGACGCCGAGAGCUUUACGCUCAAGGAUCGCCAGGAGGCCAUCAACGAAACCCAUCCAUUCGGUAUCAGGCUCUGGAAGCCCGCCCUGUACAAGAAGAACCGUUCGGUGCAGAAGACGGCCGAAGGAGACAUCCACUCCACCCCCGGGCAAAUUGGCGGCGCCUGGGUCCGCCUGUUCAACCUCGCCUGGACACUCUUUUUCGGCUGGUGGCUGGCGCUACUGGCCGCCAUUGGGGCCAUGGCGUGCUUCUUCCUCGUGGCCGCUCCGGGGUCGCGGCCCUAUGGCCGCGUGCUGUGGGGACUUGCAGGCUACCUGUUCUUCCCCUUUGGCAAAGUGGUGCGCUUAGAGAAGGACGAAGCCUAUCUCCACGAAGACCGUGGCGAAGGCCGAAGCAUUUUCGAGUACGAGCAGUGGCAAAACGGCGACCUGGAAUACGGACGCCUAUUCUUUGGUCCAGAACCGAACCGUUCCAUCGUGGGUCGGUCGAGGAGGAGCAUCGACUCGAGUCUGAGCGAGACGGACAGCCUCCUUGGACACUCUCGAACCAUUGAGCGGAGGGUCAUCUUCUUUAUCUGCUUUUAUUUCUUCAUCGCGCCGGCGCUUCUCCUUGUCUCCCUCAUCUGCUGGUUGCUCGUGUACUGGAUCCCUAUGGGCAAGGUCACGGCCCUCCUCUUUAGUCACUUGCGCCGACACCCCUUGGCCCUAUCGUUCGAAUCCGGAUUCGUUGCCGCGGAAGCCCCGCGAUCGUCCAUCCUUCUCUGCACGUACCGUUCAGUGGGUCCGCGCUACUGGAAGUACACGGUGGAUGGAACCAACAUUAUCCUCAUCAACCUCAUGGCGGUGGUGGUUUUCGUCAUUGUGGAUUGGUACGUGCUCCACGGGGUAUUCCACUUGGAUUCGUUCAUCACAUCAUCCGCGUUCCUCUUCCCAGCAGGCCUGCUUUCCAUCAUUCCGCUGGCCUACUUUAUCGGCCAGGCAGUAGCCUCGAUCUCGGCGCAGUCGUCGAUGGGCUUGGGCGCCGCCAUCAACGCCUUCUUCUCGACCGUCGUCGAAGUGUAUCUUUAUUGCAUCGCGCUCAACCAGGGCAAGGGCCGGCUCGUGGAGGGCAGUAUCGUGGGCAGCAUAUUUGCGGGUAUCCUCUUCCUCCCGGGUCUGUCCAUGUGCUUUGGGGCCAUCAAGCGUAAGACGCAGAGGUUCAACGCCAAGUCUGCGGGCAUUUACGGCACGCACGAGCUCAACUGCACCGACUGCAUCGAGACGGGAGACUCGGGCAUGGAUGGGUCUCGAGAUUGCCGCCGAUGCUUCUUCUCCGAGGUACCGGCGCUCGACGAUAGAUUUUAUAUCGAAGCGGUGCGGCCGUACUGCUACCUCGCGGCGGGAGCUCUCUUCCUCAUGUACCUGGUGGGACUCUGGUUCACGCUCCGUACGCACGCGGCGGUGAUUUGGAACUCGGAAUUGGACGAGAAGAAGCAGCACGAGGAGGCGGCGGCGGCGGCAGCAGCGGCGGCUGCUACGCACGCUGCAUCUCUCCGACAGUCGGUCCCCCAUUCCUUUGCGGAAACGACGGGUACGGACAUUCGUGAUUCGCACUUGUAUCAGAGAAUUCUCGGGCAGUCGCUGAAGCAGGUGGGACUUUCGCCUCGUCAAGAUGAUUUCACUCGGCAGGGCUCAUCUGCCACGGGCGGCUCCUCGACGGCGAUGGCGAGUGGUGCGGUUAGCACGCCGCACGUUGUGCCGCCCAAGACGGGCGGGGACGACGGCCACCAGCACCAGCACCAGCACCAUCACACGCGCGUCCACAUCCCCGGAUUCUCGGAGGCGGAAAACCAGAACCUAGUGCGACAGGUAGCCGAAGUGGCUGCGACGGCGGCGGUGUUCGCGGCCCGGGAUUCUCGGCACACGAGGCGAGGGACGGGAACCGUCCGUAUAGGAGGCACAACCGAGGGGUCCAAGGUCGGAUCUGCGAAUGCGGCGGGACCACGGCUCUCUACUUUCCCGGAGCCGGAUGGCCCGCCGGAGCUGGCAGUCGGUGUGGAUCAUGGAGGGGCUGGUGGGGGCGGGGGCCACGAUGCGCCCAACUGGGGACGGACAAAGAGUGCAGUCAUCUUGCUCGGAGCUACGGUGUUUUACGCCAUCAUUGCGGAAAUUCUCGUGGACACGGUUGACGUGGUUCUAGAAGGGUUUGCGGUUGAUGAAAAGUUUUUGGGAAUCACUCUGUUUGCGCUGGUCCCCAACACGACGGAGUUUUUGAAUGCCAUUUCCUUUGCCAUGAACGGAAAUAUCGCACUCUCGAUGGAAAUCGGAUCGGCAUACGCGCUGCAAGUAUGCAUGCUCCAGAUUCCGGCACUCGUCUUCUACUCGGCACUCUGGCCGCCCAUGGACCUCCUCGCGGGAGAUGACUUGGCACACUACCUCUUUACACUGCUCUUCCCGCAAUGGGACAUGGUGACGACCAUCAUCUGCGUGUUCCUGCUGAGCUACAUGUACGGCGAAGGCAAGAGCAACUACUUCAAGGGCAGCAUCCUGCUGCUGAGCUACGUGAUUGUGGUGGUGGGAUUCUGGUACAGUGGAUUCACAAGCGUGCAGACGAUGGGGAUGAGCCGGUUUGACACGCUCGGCACGAACGGGGAAUACGUGAGCUACAAGACGAUUGGAAGAAAGAGGAGCGGAGUGGCGUAUUAG